AAAGGCAAAUGUUCAUCAAACUCCAUUGUUAUGGCGAUUUAUUGAUUUUUACCACUCUUUUCUUUUUUCGUCUUGAUCGUAUUCAAACAUGAAUUAGAUUCGUAGUCACUACCAAACACUCCUAAAAUCUUCUCCCUGCACUUCUUGCUUUCUAGGGUUUCGAAGUUGCCUCUCCACCGAUUUCUCGCCUUUUUCUCUCUGGCGUCUGUGAAACUCGCAUUAGGGUUUUGGGAAUUCGAAUUCUGAAGUGGGGGCAGGCAGUCUUGCUCAAGGCUUAGUGGGAGGGGUCGAAGAGGAUGAUCACGGAGAAGCCUAGCUGGGUUAGACAUGAGGGGAUGCAGAUCUUCUCCAUUGAUAUCCAAGCCGGCGGUCUCAGGUUUGCAACUGGUGGAGGUGAUCACAAGGUUCGAAUAUGGAACAUGAAAUCACUAGAGGGGGGCUCUGAAAAUGAUUCUUCAACUCCUAAAGUGCUGGCUACACUGCGGGACCACUUUGGAUCAGUUAAUUGUGUCAGGUGGGCUAAGCAUGGUAGGCUCCUUGCUUCUGGAUCUGAUGAUCAGGUAAUUCUUAUUCAUGAGAAAAAGCCUGGAUCUGGUACAACUGAAUUUGGCAGCGGAGAGCCUCCAGAUGUAGAAAAUUGGAAAGUUACUAUGACAUUGAGAGGCCAUACUGCAGAUGUGGUAGAUCUCAAUUGGUCUCCUGAUGACUCAACACUAGCUAGUGGUAGCUUGGAUAAUACUAUUCACAUUUGGAGCGUUACCACUGGCAUCUGCACUGCUGUACUAAGAGGGCAUUCCAGCUUAGUCAAAGGAGUUACUUGGGAUCCUAUUGGUUCUUUCAUAGCUAGUCAGUCAGAUGACAAAACUGUAAUAAUAUGGAGAACUAGUGAUUGGAGCUUGGCACAUAAGACAGAAGGCCACUGGUCAAAGUCGCUUGGUUCUACAUUUUUCAGGCGCCUUGGGUGGUCACCGUGUGGCCAUUUCAUCACUACUACUCAUGGCUUUCAGAAACCUAGACAUUCAGCCCCUGUUCUUGAAAGAGGUGAAUGGUCUGCUACCUUUGAUUUCCUGGGUCAUAACGCUCCUGUUAUUGUGGUAAAGUUUAACCAUUCCAUGUUCCGGAAACAAUUUUCUAAUUCCCAAGAAGCAAACUCUGCACCUGCUGGAUGGACCAAUGGAUCUUCUAAGGCUGCAUCAAGAGAGCUCCAACCAUAUAACGUUAUUGCAAUUGGAAGUCAGGACCGUACUAUAACAGUGUGGACGACGGCAAGUGCCCGCCCCUUAUUUGUUGCUAAACACUUCUUUACACAAAGUGUUGUUGACUUAUCAUGGAGCCCAGAUGGCUAUGCUCUUUUCGCUUGCUCUUUGGAUGGCACAGUAGCCUCCUUUCAUUUUGAGGUGAAGGAGCUAGGACACAGGUUAAAUGAUACUGAGCUGGAUGAAAUAAAGAGAAGUCGGUAUGGAGAUGUCAGAGGAAGGCAAUCAAACUUAGCAGAAAGUGCUGCACAGUUAGUGCUAGAAGCAGUCUCAGCUAAGCAAACAGCAAGCAAAAAAGUAGCAUCUACUGUUGAGAAAAAUCAGAUAUCUGGAAAAGCUUCCACUGAUCCAGUAAAUCCAAUUAUUAGCCAACCAAUUCACAAGAGUACUGAUGCCCAGACUGGAGAUGGUAGAAAAAAUGGAGGGGCUAUAAACGAUGGUUCAAAUACUAUUACAUCUGCGCAGUUAUCAAGUCCUCCAAAACAAAGAGAGUAUCGCCGUCCUGAUGGCCGAAAACGAAUUAUACCAGAAGCAGUUGGAGUUCCAGCACACCAGGAAAAUCAGUCUGCAGUUCAUGCUCAACUUGCAGAAUUCUCUCCCUUGGCCUUGGAUCAAACAAAGGACAAUCGAAAUGUAGUUGCUGAUGGUGGGGUAAAAGAUGCUUCCCUAAAGCGUCCAUUUAGUGGAAGCUAUGAGACACACAGCUAUUCUGACAAGCUUAACAACUGUGGAUCUAAGGAGCGUUCUGGAAUCACUGCAAGAGCUAACAUCACUGAAAGUCUUCUUAUCGAGAAAACACCAGUUCUGACUAGCACUGAUGGAAGGGCUAAUGUAGAACAUAUAGGGUGUAUAGGCAUGCCAAGUUUUCUAUCAACCUGCAAUUCUCUUUCAAUUCGAGUAUUUAAUAAGAAAAAUACUGAAGACAGUUUACCAAUCUGCCUGGAAGCAAAGCCUGUUGAGCAUUCUGCCCAUGACAUGAUUGGUGUUGGUAAUGCAUUUUCCACUAAAGAAACUGAAAUAAGUUGCACACAAGGAUCUGAAACUCUGUGGUCUGAUCGCAUAUCUGGAAAAGUCACUGUUUUAGCUGGAAAUGCCAAUUUUUGGGCUGUUGGUUGUGAUGAUGGUUGCCUACAGAUCUACACUAAAUGUGGAAGGCGAGCCAUGCCAGUCAUGAUGAUGGGAUCUGCUGCAGUUUUUGUAGAUUGUGAUGAGGCUUGGAAGUUGCUUCUUGUCACAAAAAGAGGUUUGCUGUAUGUUUGGGAUCUUUUUAACAGGACUUGCAUUUUGCACGAGUCUUUAGCUUCUCUAGUUACAGCAAGGGAGGAGUCUUCAACAAAAGAUGCCGGUACCAUACGAGUUAUUUCUGCAAGAUUCUCCAGAUCAGGGUCACCUCUGGUUGUUCUUGCCACCCGUCAUGCCUUUCUGUUUGACAUGAGCAUGCUGUGCUGGCUAAGGAUAGCUGAUGAUUGCUUUCCAGCUUCAAAUUUUGCAAGUACCUUUAACUUGAGUUCUAUUCAAAGCGGUGAACUGGGGAAGUUGCAGGUUGAUGUUGGCAAAUUCUUGGCAAGAAAGCCAAGCUGGACAAGGGUGACAGAUGAUGGGACACAGACACGAGCACAUUUGGAGACACAGCUUGCUUCAUCUCUUGCUCUCAAGUCCCCUAAUGAAUAUCGCCAAUGCCUUUUAUCUUACGUUAGAUUUCUUGCAAGAGAAGCAGAUGAGUCUCGUCUUCGAGAAGUUUGUGAAAGUUUUCUUGGUCCUCCCACAGGAAUGGCAGAGUCUACGCCUACAGACCCAAAGAAUCCAGCAUGGGAUCCUUAUGUGCUAGGAAUGAAAAAGCACAAACUCCUCAGGGAAGAUAUUCUUCCGGCUAUUGCUUCAAACAGGAAGGUCCAAAGGCUGCUAAAUGAGUUCAUGGACCUACUCACUGAAUAUGAAACUAGUGAAGCUCAUACAGAUACUAUGGAUAUUGCUCCACAAACGUAAUGAUGCCAACCCAUGAUGAAGUUAGUCUUUGUAAUUUUGUAAGCAUCACCUCGCUUGACACCUGAGAAUUAUCAAUGUAACAUCGAUCUGCUGUCGAACUAUAGUCUAACCAUAUUGUCUACAGAAUAGUUGUGCUGAUAAUGUCAUCAAAAUGCUUGUAUUGUUUCCCUUCA